AUGCGACUGACAGCAGACGUGAUUCUGCGUGCGCAGGUGUCAAUUAAUCCGCUGCGUGAGCGUGAGAUAAACCUUCGAGGUUACAAAGCUCCUGCCAUUGAGAAUCUUGGUGUUACUCAGGAUGGUUUUGACUGUAUCGAUCUAUCAGACAAUGAAAUCAAGAAACUCGAGAACUUUCCACGUCUUCGUCGACUUCGUAUGCUCUUGUUGCACAACAAUCAUGUGUCAAAGAUUCAGGAGAAUUUAGCAGAGGCUAUUGCUAAUGUGGAGUUUCUCAUGCUCACUGGCAACCGCAUUGCACAAUUGUCGGAGGUCGAUCAUCUCGUCUGUUUUACCAAGCUGGAUACCUUGUCGCUCAGUGGCAAUCCGGUGACCAAACGCAAAUACUAUCGGGAAUACGUCAUUCACAAACUUCCUCAGCUGCACGUCCUUGACUUCCAGCGUAUUCGUCCUCGUGAUCGUGAAGCUGCUAGUGCGUUUUUCAAUUCGGUUGUUGGACAGAGGGCCAUGAAAGAGGCUCACGGGGAAAGUGUGGCAGUAUCUACACAGGCACUGAGGAACGUUUCAAUCACACAGCAGCAGGUGGAUCCAGUAGUGAGCGUUGUGCCUCCUCCUCCCCCACCGAAGGAGGCCCACGGUGAAAGUGUACCGAUGAACGUUUCGAUCAUACAGCAACAGGUGGCUCCAGUAACGAGUGUAGUGUCUCCUCCUUCCCCACCACGUGCCUCGGUUGUGCCUGAGAAGGAUAUAGCUUCCAGGGCUAAGACGCCGGAGAAGAUUGCCAAAGUGGAAGUGGAAAAGGAAGUUUUAGAAGCGACGAAAGAAGUGAUACCUGCAGACGUGGAAAUGGAGGACGCAGACGAGGAGGCGGAUGCCGUAUCAUACACGCCACCCAAGCCAAUUCAGCAGAUGACUGUGAGUAUUUUGCGCGAGGAGUUGAAAAAGCUAGGUCUGUCGAUCAAGGGCUUGAAAGCAGAGUUGGUAAAGCGCUUGAAGGAAGCUGCUGGUGAAGCAUGA